AUGAGCUCCAUCCGGUCUAUCAUUCAUACCCCUCCCGCCAUCUCCACCCCAAGGGAGUCAGUGUCUCCCCACGGUCGCGAACGUCCGUUCCACUGCCCCGUACCUUCGUGCCACGGUCGCUUUCAGCGAAAGUUCACGCUCCGAGAACAUAUGAAGACGCACACGGGCGAAAAGCCGUACCAGUGCUCCAUCCUCUCGUGUAGUAAGCGGUUCAGCACGUCGGGCAACUUGGCCCGGCACCGGCGGCUCCAUUUGCUCAAGAAACUCGAGUGUUCCGUUGUCGGGUGCACUCGCAUCUUUACGAAAGCGGAAAAGCUCGCGCGUCACCUUCAGAACCACCUCGGCAGCGUCGCGCACGUUUGCGUCGUCGAUAGUUGCAACAAAACCUUCAGUACGGCGGGGAACCUCACGCGGCAUUUGCGGACGCAACAUCCGCCCGGCGCUGUCGCUGCCGCGCGGGCGGCGACUUUGCCGCAACUCCGGAUUGCGUCAAUACGACCGGGUCAAGUACUUGCUACGGAAUAUGCGGCGUGGUCAUCCGACGCGGCCACAUCUCCUACGGCUAGUACUACUUCUGCUACCAGUGGUCGGGAGCAGAACCUGAGUGCUACGGAAGCGGCGAACGUCUCGGAUCAUGAGAUCCUUGAUGUACUACAGUGUCUCUUUGUUGACGACAUGGCAGCGGCAGCUGCUGGGCAGGCAGAAGACCACUACAACCACCAUCAUCAUCAGCAGCAGCAUUAUCAUCACCAUGAGCACCAGCCACAGGGGGGACCCUAUCGACUUCAGAGUGACCAGCCUGUGCUGAUUUACCUCUAA